AUGCAGGAAAUUGAGGAAAAUAACAAACUGGUGUCUAAUGCAGACAUGGAAAAUAAAAAUGAGCUUGAAGAAGACUCUAAAGGGAUGACUAAUGCAGGUGAAGAAAUCAAGAAUCAGGACAUGCUGAUGAGUGAUGAAAACGCAGAUGUAUCUUCUAACGAUAACUCAGAUUCUACUUCGAAAGCUCCAUUAACUAAGGAUACCUCAAAAUCAGUUAGAAAAAAGGUUCUAGACCCCAGUCAUCCAUUGAUGAUAAAAUAUCAAAAAGACUUGAGAGAAAGAUUAUUGAGUCUUCUUCAAGAAACAGAUGAACAAAUUAUUGAACUAAACAGAACUGUAAACGCACAAAUGAGGGAAAGUUCACAGCUCAAAACGAAGAGCUAUGUUCUUCAAAAGGAGGUUAAACUAGAGGAAGAGAAGCUGCAGAAGUGUUGUGUGAAGUAUGAAGAGCAAACUCAGAAGAAGCAGCAGUUAUUGCUCAAGUGUGAAAAUAUCAGAAAAGAUGUGGUUACCACUGAAGAGAAACGUACUGAUGAAAGGAAAAAAGACACUGAAUUGCAAGCAAGGUUAGAAGAUCUAGCUUUUGAAGUUGUUCAACUAACCUCUUUACGGAUGGAAACACUGACAGACGCAAAAAAUCUUAAACGUGCUGUUGAGAAAACCACCAAAGACAAGGAACAACUUGAGCUCCAGAAGUUGAGACAGGAUCUGUUAAUAUCAAGGCUUGAAAAUGAUAAAUAUAAUUUGGAAGAUAAAAUUAAUCUUUAUAAAAGACAGUGGGCUAUUAAAAAAGAAGAAAUAAACGACCUGAGGAGAGAAUUAGAGGCUGCAAAUAUGGAAAUGCAGACCAUAAAUUUUGAGAAGCAGCAAAUUGUCAGUCAAUGGCGGCAAAGUUUGGCAUCACUGGAAAAGCACGAUCGAAUUCUAUCUGAAAUUCGUUCAUCCGUGAGCACAUUUGAAGACACCCUUCAAACCUUGAAUACGGACAUAACAGUUCAGAAGAAAGCUGUGCGCAAGGAAUUGGAAAGGAAUGAAUCUCUCACAAGUCAGUUACGGUUUCGAGAAUCAGAUAUUGCCAGCGUCCGCAAAGAUCUUUCGAAUUCUGAUGAACGUUCCAAUCAGAUGGAGGAAAAUUUAUCUCUCGUAGAAAAAAUAAUUGAGAUUACGCAAAAUGAGCUGAAUUUCUCAAAUGAUAAAAAGAUGUCGUUAGAAAAGGAACUAGAAAGUAGAGAAAGACUUAUUGUGAGAGCUUGGCAACUGCAGAAGCAAUUGGAAAAGAAGCAAAUGGAUAUUAUACAUGACAAAAUCACCUUAACAAAAGCAUCAAAGAAUACAGAAAGACUCAUUGGUGAGCAAAGUACUCUGAAGCAUGGGGAAAAUGAUAUGUACAAGAAAAAGCAAGUCAUUAUGGGAAGGAAAAAGGUGCAGUUAGAAGCUGAUGUAGUAAAAGAAGAGAAAUGCAUCAAGGAAAUUGAGAAGAAAAAACAGUCCGUGGAAAAGGAGCUGUAUCACAUAAACAAACUUCUGCAUCAGAAGAAAGAAUUCCAAGAGGCUCUAAAACAAUCGUCUGAUUUAUCGAGAGAUGAUUUUGUUAAGACAUUGAAAGAAAAGGAAAUGCAUUACCUCCAAAAGCAAAGCGAACUGGGAUAUUUUCGGAAGAAGAAGCGAAAGCAUUUCCGCAAAUUAAUCGAUAUACAAACCGAAAUACUCAACUGGGAAGGUAAAGUCCACUUAGCAGAGGAAACAAGAAGAGUUUUGAAAUCAAAGGCAAAUCUUGAAGACUUUUCGAAUUUAAAAAGCGAAAUUCGACGGUUCAAUGUCAAAUUGGAUCAAAUCAAACGAGAACAGGAAAGCUUAGUGAAGCAAAUGAGCAAAGCUGUAUAUAGGCACACAGCUCUGUUUAUUGAAGCUGAUAAACAGGCAUUAUUUGGAAGGAGGAGAAAAACUCCCGAUUAUGUACAGACCAGGAUAAAGUCAAAUUUGAAGAAGUUACAUGAAAAUAAAAAAAUAUUGGAGGGCUUCAGAAAAGAAAGGGAUUCUUUAGCUACUGCAGAAACUCGUCUUAAUGAUGCCAUUGAUGCUGAAAAUCAAACCACUUUGGAUUUUAUGAACAAAAUAAGCUCUUAUGAAAACAACACAGACAGGAAACAACGAGAAAAAAGACAAGCUGUUCUUCAGCUUUCCUUUAAGCAAAAGAGAACGAAGCUUUUACAGAAGGUUCUCGACAACACUUAUAUUAGAGCGGUUCGGAACGAAACGCAGAGGCCUACAGAAAUCCAAAAAGUUCAAAAUGCAUUGCGCACUAUUCAUGUCAUUUCUCAAGCAGCUAUGAAUGAAUAUCAUGAGUUAACCAAAGAACUUGGUAAAAUAAUUGACUAUAUUUUCGUGUCCAAAUAUAUUUGA